CAUUGAUCAAACACAAUGUGCUGCCUCUCUGAAUGUUCAACAUAUCAAUACUUCAUAUUACUCCUGAAUAGCGAGUUUAAGACCAGUUGUGCCGUUGUAUUGGUCAAGCAGCUCUUUGGACCUGGAAAAGAUGGUCUGUGUGAGUAGUAUUUAGUGUGAUUGUGUACUGCAUACACAUUUGUUUACUUUAGUGUACUUUAGCAUACAUAAAGCUUAUUUGUGUUUAGACUGUUUGUCAAUUCAGUUUAUCUUGUAAUGGUAAGCCCUUUUUUACUUUCCUAAUAACGCAAGGUUACAUCUUUUCCAGAACAUGCCUGUCCUCUACUGUCCUGAGUUCUUUGAGGCAUAUCCUCAAAGACUUGGUGGUAGUUGCCAGUGUAAGAUCGUGAGCUGAUCUUUUUUACCUGUGUCUGCUCUGAAUGUAUUCAUUUCCAGUCGGUGUUAUUCAGACGUCACACUGAAACACUGAAAUUGUCUCAAGGCAGUUCAUAGAAACUCAAGCCUAACGUAUGUGUGUGUGUGAGGGAGAGCGAGAUUGUGUGUUUGUGUGAGAAAGAGAGUGUGUGUGUGAGUGUUUUACUGUACUGGUGAGAGCUGAUACUGUGCCUCAGGAGCUCUGGCUGAGCGGUGGGGCCGUAUGGUGCGGUGACUCUGCCAGGUGUGUCUCUCUCUCCUGCUCGUGUCACAUGGGAGGGGCCGACUGGCCCCUCAUUUCCCUGGCAAAUGCUGUCAUCAGUUCCCUCUUCUUGUCACAAGACAAACAGCUCCUCGUAGGAUAGGACCUGGGACACAGUCAUGAAGCCCAUUCGGAGUCUGGCAUUACUGCUAAUUUGUUCAUCAGUGUUCGUCCUAUCUGACCCCCACACUAGCUCUGCCUUUGUAAGGACUCUGACCCUCCAUGGAACCAAGGGCGAGCCCCUCACUCUGCCCGUGAUGACCCGCUUCCCACUGGUGGGGGUCGACAUCCAGGGCACCUGGUCCAAGACGGCGCCCGUCCACUCACACCUGGUGUCCUUUGAGAAUGGCAGAUUCAUUGUCACUAGGCAUUUUAGCCAAAGGAUCUCGCUGAACCUCUCGGACGCCACGCUGCGUAUCCACCGCCUGGAUGAGAGUGCAGAGGGGUUGUAUAAGCUGGAGCUGAACAUCGAGCUCCCGGAGGCUAACCGAGAGAUGCAGGUACUGCGCGUGCAUGAGAUGGUGCGCGUCUUUGUGGACGUUCCUGUGUCCACACCAACCAUUGAGAAGAGCCCGGCUUAUGAAGUCAUAGAGGACAGGGACAAUGUAACAUGGACAUGCUCAGUGGCGAAUGGCACCAGGGUUCAUUACCAGUGGCUGAAGGACAACCUUCCCAUCAGGCCCGAUGAGAGACACAUUUUCUCGUCCAUUAACGACACCCUGGUGGUCAGUCCCGUUCGCAAAGGGGACAUCGGCCGGUACGCCUGCCUGGUCAGAAACCACAUCAGCCAGAAGCAGAGCCGGAGCAUGGAGCUCGACAUCUACUAUGGUCCGUACAACCUGGCCAUAAGGUCUCAUCAGGGUCUUCAAACCGGAGAGGUGUUUAUGGUGGACCCCGGUGAGCUGGUGCUCUUCGACUGCUCAGCCGACUCCAACCCCCCCAACAGCUUUGUGUGGAUCUCCAAAAUUGGCAAUAAAACGGAAGUGGUCAUGACCGGGCCGCGUUUCGAGGUCACCUCCUACGAACUGGCCCAGGCCAAUUACUUUGCGGUUCGUGCGUUCAACAACGCCACCCAGAAAGAAGACGAGGCCCAGUUCACUCUGGUGGUGGCCAGCUCAGGAAAGCAACCAUUUACUCAGAAGGAAAACUUCCUAUCUCCUCUUGCUGCCAUCGCCCUCUGUUCUCUGCUGAUCAUCAGUGUUUGCAUGCUGGUUGCGUUCAAGAGGACAUGCCACCCAAGGCAAGUCAUAAUUACAAUGAAAGACACCCUCUCCAAAAGGCCGAUAACAGAACAAAAGCGACUGCACCGCUCAGGUCAUGAAGAUGCAACUGAAGACUUUGGCAUUUAUGAAUUUGUUGCCAUACCUGGGAGGAUGGAUUCUACUCAGGUGUCCUGUAGAUCUCUGGCACACCCCGAAUCCACACAGGAUUUGCAUACCACUAUCUAUGAUGUCAUCAGGCGGGUGCCGGAAACCCCCACCCUGAGCCUGUUGCCGUGAGGACGGGUGACGGCGUUUAUGCAUUAUGGGAAAGUGGUUUCAGAUGUGACUUUGGUGGAAGUAUGCCCCUUGUACAGUGAAGCAGUGCUUCACUUGAAUGCCUGGGUGUGUCCCAUGUCAUGUGUGCAAGGAUGGUCCUUGUCUCUGUCCCAGCCUACAAACCUAUGGGGCAGUUGUAGUGAUUUUGUUUUUUAUGUUUUUGGCAUAUUUCAGUGUUUCUGCAAACAAAUAUUUAUUUUGUCACAGAUGAAAAUCUUUCUAACUAUUUUAUGUUUUAUUUAAUUUUCUCUCAUUUGAUAUGAAUGUGGUAUUUCAAAUCUGAGCAGGGAUUAUUUGAGGCAUUUGGUUGUGAGUUUUUCUGGUGCAGUUCUCUCUGUAGGAGUGGAAGAGGGGAAUUUCACAUGAAUGGUUUAUCAGCCAAAUGUGCCAACUUGGAGCCUAUAUUGGCAGCAGACAUGCACUGAAUUCAUUGAAUUCCCCUCUCACCAGGCAAAAACCAUCUCUGCAGUGGAAAAAAUUGUAUAGAAAUUACUAUCUCUAAAUUACAUAAAUGUAAAUAAUAUAUGCUUAUUUUAUAUUAUUCUGUAAUGCUUUAUUUUUAAAAGCUUCAACGACUUUCAUUACACAUACUUACAUAUGAUAUAGUAUAAGACAGAUGGUCCGUGCAAAGAAAACAGGACAUUUUCUGCUAUAUAUUUUACAUGUUAUGAGUGCAAGUGUAAGUGUAAUUAUGAGUCUAUUUGUUUUAAAGCAUUUCCUUUAUCUGCUAUUUUGUACAGCCACACUAAACAGAAGUGUGAUUUUCUAUCUGAAUAAAGAUUUAUAGCAAAUCUAA